AUGAAAGAAAUACUAAAUUCGGUUCCGGAGCUUGAUCUAGAUUAUCACGAUGAUGAUGGCCAGACACCUCUACUCUUGGCGGUGUUAGGACAUCAUGCGAAAGCUGUGCAAUUCCUGACAUCUCGAGGUGCGGACAUCGAGGUCAAGGGUCGCUGGCCUGCGCCAGAAGACGCACCGCUAGCCGUUGCGGCACGUCUUGGCGACCUGGACCUGCUUGACGUGUUGCUUCUUGGUGGGGCGAAUGUCGGGGCAGCAAGUGGACCUGAUGGACGAACACCGCUCAUGGUCGCGGCGGCAGCAGGGAAGCUUGAUGCCGUGGACAUGCUCCUAGGUGUUGGCGCGGCCGUCGAUGCCACGCGUGGCGAUGGCACUACAGCAGCUUGUUGGGCUGCACGUGGUGGACACGGUGAUGUCCUGCGACUUCUGCUGGAUAAUGGCGCGAACGUCAAU